AUGUCCGCCGCUACUCGCGCCAAGGCGGCCGCGAUCACCUCGACCAAGCCGUCACAGCCCGUCAAGGCCGGAAGCAAGCGUAACGUCUUAGGAGCAGUCACCAACAUUAGGGAGGACCACGGAGAAGUUGCCAAGAAGCCUGCCAGGAGUACCGCCCAGCGCCAACCGUUGAGCAACCGCUCUCAGACCUUUGACAACAACCGAGGGACGACCACCACCCGUGCGACCCGUGCUGCCGCUGCUCAGGUCUUUGCGCAGCCUGAACCUGUCGAGGUCGAGGUUGUCUCGCGCGAGACGGCCCGCAUCGACCUCCAGAGCAACAAUGUCAUUGUCGAGGAUGAGUACGAGGACGACGAGAAGACGGUCGGAGCGCGCAGCGACGACAUGGACGAGGACGAGGAUGAUGAGUUUGACGACGAGGACUGGCUCCGCAUGAGCCCCGAGGAGGAGCUCGCGGCCCGGCAGGAGCUCAUGGCCGUGAAGGACACGUUCCAGGACGACAUUGACAUGUUUGACACGACCAUGGUUGCCGAGUACGCCGAUGAGAUCUUUGCGCACAUGGAGGAGAUGGAGCUCGCGACAAUGCCGAACCCUCGGUACAUGGACUUCCAGUCGGAGGUUGAGUGGACAAUGCGCACGACGCUGGUCGACUGGCUGCUGCAGGUGCACCUCCGCUACCACCUGCUUCCCGAGACGCUCUGGAUCGCUGUCAACAUUCUUGACCGCUUCCUGUCUGUGCGCGUGGUGUCGACGCAAAAGCUGCAGCUUGUCGGUCUCACUGCUCUGUUUAUUGCGGCCAAGUACGAGGAGAUUCUUGCACCGAGCGUCGACGAGUUUGUCUACAUGGCCGACAACGGGUACACGAAGGACGAGAUUCUGAAGGGUGAGCGUAUCAUUCUGCAGACGCUCGACUUCAACAUUUCGGCCUACUGCACGCCGUACUCGUGGGUGCGCCGCAUCUCCAAGGCGGACGACUAUGACAUCCAGACGCGCACGCUGUCCAAGUUCCUGAUGGAGGUGACGCUGCUCGACCACCGGUUCCUGCGAUGCAAGCCGAGCAUGAUCGCCGCCGUGGGCAUGUACCUGUCGCGCAAGAUGCUGGGGUCGGACUGGAACGACGCCUUUGUGUUCUACUCCGAGUUCACCGAGUCGCAGCUCCGGACGGCAGCCGACAUGAUCUGCGAGCGUCUCGUCGAGGACGGAUUCGAGCGCGUGUUCGUCUACGUGAAAUACUCGAGCAAGAAAUUCCUGCGCGCGUCGGCGUACGCGUGCGACUGGGCCAUGACAAACUACCGUCCCGCCGAGUAA